GUGGCGGAUGCAACUGAACAUUGGCCAAGCAGGGUGUUGCAUUUCCUUUUGGUCGAGAUACAUAAGCGCUCGCAGCUCGCAGAGCAGCUGGAAGCAUCUUGAUACCAGAUCCAGCUGUGCGCGAUUCAGGGUUAAGACACCUAACCCUGGGCUUAUGUUUUAACGAGUGCAGUGAAACUCGGCACCCACACAAUUUGCUAAAGUAACUUGGCUGGGGUGGUAGCUGUAGAAAAAUGGAUUUGUUCGUCUUCCUGAAUUUAAACGAACUUUCCCUUGCGAUGUCCAAGCUCUCCAUGUAUCCACUAUUCGACAUGGCGCAUUACAUUGUGUCUGUAAUGGCUCUGAAGGAACAGACAGGGGCUGUGGAGGUGGCACGGCGGAGUCCUUUCGCCUGCUGGUUCAGCUCCAUGCUCUACUGUUUCGGAGGGGCGGUUCUGUCGAGCCUGAUGCUGGCCGAGCCCCCCAUUGCACCUCUCUCCAAUGACUGCAACGUGCUGAUGGCCUCCCUAAUUUGGUACUUGGUGUUCUACAGCCCCCAGGACGUGGUGUACAAGUGUGCUACCAUCCUGCCUAUCCGGGUAGUUCUGUCUGGGAUGAAGGAGGUGACCCGCACAUGGAAGGUUCUUGGAGGGGUGGCGCAGGCCCGGAAGCAUUAUCAGGAGGGAUUGCUGGUGAUGAUCGCUGUGGGCUGGGCCAAAGGUGCAGGGGGUGGGCUGAUAAGUAACUUUGAGCAGCUGGUUCGAGGAAUAUGGAGACCAGAGACCAAUGAGCUUCUGAAGAUGUCAUACCCCACGAAGGUAACCCUGAUGGGAGCAGUCCUCUUUUCUCUGCAGCAGAGUCAGUACCUCCCCCUCCAGAAGCACCACCUCAUGUUCGUCUACACUGUGUUUCUGGUUGUCAACAAGGCGAGGAUGAUGCUGUCUGGCUCCUCCUCCUGGCCGUUCUCCCCUGUGGAAGGGGCCGUGUACCGCGUGCUCUUCGCGGCUCAGUCGACAGAUUGGACCUCCGCAGCCAAGGCCAAGGCUCCUGUCAGGACUCCCGCGUCAGAUACCUGCGCCGCUGCCAAGACGGACGUCAACGCCACCUCAGACAGCCAAAACGGCUCAGCGGUCUCCGACACAGACGGGAACGUAUUGCGAGCUCCGGGAGCCAGUGGAGAAGGUUCUCCAAAGUCAGCGCUGAGGAACAAGGACCACACAGGGGACAGAGAUGCAGGAGGCAACAAGAAAACUGAUUAACUUCACUGUUUUUUUUUGUAGCAAUGUCACUUUACAUAGAGCAUGUGGAAGACUAUGAGAUGAUAUGAUAUAUAUAAUAUAUGUGAUACAUAAUAUAUUUUCAUAUUUAUAAAUGAAACAAGGGUGAUGGUGAUUUUCUGAUUAUGCCUUUAUGCAUUGGUUUUUUAAGGGUUUUGAUGAAAAUACUGUUUCAGUCAGUGCCUGUGAAUGGCUUGGGCUCUUUUCUAUUUAUUAUGUAUAAUUGCUUAUGAUUUGACAUGAAAGACCUUGCAUUAUUGAAACAUUUAUACAUUAUACUAUUUAUACACAAUGAAA